GGUGUCCUAUUUGAACAUACAAACUACCAACCUCACUACGUCAAACUACCACCACCUGAUAAGCCGUUCAUCACCUUCGACCGGCCGUACCUCCACCAUUAAAGAAACGCCACCGUAGAUCCGCCUAAGAUAGAUUCUGUUGCAGAGUCCACGACGAUGAAAGGUGUCAUAACCGUUCUACCAACCAUUACCGACGCUCUUGCCCAAGUAACUGUGGGUAUUAUAGGAAAUGUGGCCGAUAGUGUUACUGAUCUUUUAGGGAAGUCGUUUUUGGUGGAACUUGUUUCUAAUGAUCUUGAUUCAUGGGGAAAAGAGAAGAAGACUGUUAAGUCAUACGCAAGUUGUGACGGGUUAGAUGAUGAGAGUAAAUCAUAUAAAUACGAAUUCGAGAUUGAGGUUCCUGAAGAAUUUGGGGAUAUAGGCGCGAUAUUGGUAGAAAAUAUACGCCAUAAAGAGGCGUACAUCAAGGAUAUUGUUCUUGAUGGUGGCAAAGUGAUCUUUCCUUGUGAAUCUUGGAUUCACUCUAAGCAUGAUAAUCCUGAUAAACGAAUCUUCUUUACCGAUAAGUCAUAUCUACCGUCAGACACGCCUGUGGGGCUGAAAUCAUUAAGGGAGAAAGAUCUCGAGUCUCUUCGAGGCAAUGGUGAAGGAGAGCGCAAGCCUUUUGAAAGAAUUUAUGAUUACGAUGUGUAUAAUGAUAUUGGUGAUCCUGAAUCAAGCUCAGAUUUGGCUCGCCCCGUGCUUGGUGGGAAGACACAUCCUUACCCUAGGCGUUGCCGAACUGGUCGUGAAAUGACCUCCACAGAACCCCAGUCGGAGUCGAGGACGUUACUCCCGUUUUACGUGCCUAGAGAUGAAGAUUUUUCGGAGAUAAAAGCAGUAACAUUUGGGGCAACGGCAUUGUAUUCAGUAUUACAUGGAGUUAUACCAACGUUAGAGUCGAAUUUGACGGACCCUAACAAGGGAUUUUCAUCAUUCAAGGAUAUUGGAUCGCUUUAUAAUGAAGGUGUUGAUAUGCUUCCAUCUGAUCAUAAUGGACUUCUAAGUGCUAUACCAAGACUUGUUAAAUCAAUUGCCAGUAGUAAGAAAAGUGUGCUACAAUUCGAAACUCCUCGGAUGAAUGACAGGGAUUCAUUUUCUUGGUUUCGGGACGAGGAAUUUUGUCGACAAACACUCGCUGGUCUCAAUCCGUAUAGCAUACAGUUGGUCACGGAAUGGCCAUUGAUGAGCAAACUAGACCCUAAAGUUUAUGGACCUGCAGAGUCAGCAAUCACCAAAGAGAUUGUAGAGCAAGAGAUAAAAGGUUUCAUGACUCUUGAGGAGGCAUUGGAACAAAAGAAAUUGUUCUUGCUGGAUUACCAUGAUCUCCUUCUACCUUAUGUGAAUAAAGUUAGAGAGCUUGAAGGGACAACUCUUUAUGGUUCAAGAACCUUAAUGUUUCUCACAUCAACUGGAACACUGAGGCCACUAGUCAUUGAGUUAACUCGCCCACCAAGUAAUGGGAAACCACAAUGGAAGCAUGUGUACACGCCCUGCUGGGAUGCUACGGGUGCGUGGCUGUGGAAGCUAGCCAAGGCUCAUGUCCUUGCUCAUGAUUCUGGUCAUCACCAGCUUAUUAGCCAUUGGUUAAGAACUCAUUGUGUUACUGAACCUUACAUAAUUGCUACCAACCGUCACCUUAGCAAAAUGCACCCCAUACAAAGACUAUUAUGUCCUCAUUUUCGAUAUACAAUGGAAAUCAAUGGACUCGCUCGACUAGCCCUGAUUAACGCUGGUGGUACUAUCGAGACAUCUUUCUCUUUGUUGAAAUAUUCUAUGCAAUUUUCAUCUGAUGUAUAUGCUCAACAAUGGCGUUUUGAUCACGAGGCACUUCCAGCUGAUCUAAUUAGCAGGGGAAUGGCUGUGGAAGAUGAAGGUGCACCACAUGGUAUAAAACUAACAAUUGAGGACUAUCCGUUCGCCAACGAUGGUCUACUUCUUUGGGAUGCCAUUACGCGAUGGGCUACUACAUACAUCAACCACUACUACCCACAACCAAACCUUGUAGAAUCCGAUACAGAACUUCAAGAAUGGUGGACCGAAAUCCGAACAGUUGGACAUGCAGACAAAAAAGACGAACCAUGGUGGCCACAACUAAAAACACAACAAGAUCUGAUCAAAAUAGUAUCAACAAUCAUGUGGGUGUCUUCUGGUCACCAUUCAGCCGUCAACUUUGGUCAAUAUGAUUUUGCCGGUUAUUUUCCCAACAGACCAACCAUUGCAAGAACUAAAAUGCCUAAUGAAGAUCCAACAGUUGAAGAGUGGGAAGCAUUCAUAAAUAAGCCUGAGGAUGUGUUAUUGGAUUCUUUCCCUACUCAAAUUCAAGCUACCAAAGUAAUGUCAGUUUUGGAUAUUUUAUCAAACCAUUCACCAGAUGAGGAGUACAUUGGUUCAACCAUGGAGCCUGCAUGGGCUGCUGAUCCAGCUAUAAAGGCUGCAUUUGAAGAGUUCAGUGGUGGGUUGAAGGAGCUUGAAAGUAUCAUAGACUUAAGGAACAAUGAUCCUAAUUUUAGGAAUAGAAGUGGGGCAGGCUUACUGCCAUAUGAACUUUUCAAACCGUUUUCUGAACCUGGGGUGACCGGAAAGGGUGUUCCAUAUAGCAUAUCUAUCUAACUCUCUACACGUUUCACAUUGGAUCGUAUUUAAAAUGGUAAUCAAGUCAUAUUUGGUCCUUGUAUAAUUCUCUUGGCAGCCUCAUGUAUUGUUGAUUGUAAUUUGUAAUGCUUCGAUGUAUAUAAAAUAAAAGCAAUGUCAUGUAUCUCUGGUGCGGUGAAUGAUUGCAUUUGAGUGGAAACGUUAAUUCGAAUGAA